GAAUCAUGGAGGAAGAGUCGGACAACACAGAACUGUGGUUAACGUGGAAUGACCACGCACAGAUAUUGAAAAAUGUAUUGUCAACAUUGCGUUAUAAGGAGUUGUCUGCAGACGUCACACUAGUUUGCGGCACCAAGCAGUAUGCCGUUCACAGAUUUAUCUUGGCAACUUGUAGUGCAUAUUUUCGAGAAGCUGCCUUGGAAACCAUUCCUGGCCAGCACCCGGUCGUCGUCCUUACCAACACAUCUCCGAAGGAUUUAGAAGCCCUGCUGGACUUCAUGUAUCUUGGUCAGACCGAAGUCAAUUCGACAGAUUUGGAUCGGUUGCUGGAUGUUGCGUACGAAUUCAGAAUUCGGGGUCUCAUUUCUGCGAGAGAUGAUCCAGAAGUUCAGUCUGAUGGUGUUGUUUACGAGGAGCCGAGCGAAACCCCAAAAAUAGAAUACACAGAAGCCACAGAAAAUGACGAGAGUGCAAUGGACAGCUAUCCAAUGCCGGCAUCUGACCCAUUGAAUACAAUGGGAGAUUCACAGGACGAAGAAAUUGCUGAGCCAACACAUAAUGGCGCAGAACCAGAGGAAACCUAUGUAGAAGAGCCUACUAUAUUAAAGGACUUGAAAGUGGAAGAGAAGACUGAGGAGGACGUCAAGCAGCCAGCCCUUGAUAGUGGUCUGAAGGAGUACCAGAACUUCAUCCAGAAACUAAUGCAGGAAAAUGAGGAAGCAGAGUCGUUAAGCCCAGCACCAGUCCCCAGUAUACCUGAGAAGUCAUGUGUCAUUGAGAAGAAAAUCCCAAAGCACCAUGACACCAAAUUUAAAAAAGGUAAGUGCAAAAGUAAAAUUGAAAAAUUCAAGAGUGAUAUGAAGAAGCAGAAGGAGAAAUUUGCGAAGAAUAAGAUGGAAAACUUGAAAGAGAAGGUGAAGUCAGUCAGGAACACAGACGACACCAAGACCAAGAUCAUGAUGUGUCCUGGCUGUAAGAAAACCUUCAUGUGCCAGAGUGUGCUGGAAGACCACAUGAAGACCCACGACAACCUCGAGAUCGUGAGUUGUGCCAAGUGUCCGUUCAAAGCUCUUAGCCAGCAGCAAAUGCAGAAACACAUGCUCACCCACCAACAGAGGAUAGAGCAAAAGAGCAGACCUUACCAGUGUCCGUACUGCCCUGCCCGUCAGGUAGACAGAUCUAGUUUCUUGCGGCACCAAAAAACGCUGCAUCCCGACAAGAAGCUCCUAGACUCCGUCAUGAACGCGAAAGUAGUCCUCGAGGACUGCAAAUACAAGAAGAUUCGACCGAACAAAGUGGAGAAAGAACUAGUGCCCUCAUAACACUGAAAUAAGGACUUGAAAGAAAAAAAAAUAGUGUGCAGUAUUUUUACGUUUUUUUAAGUAGUUUUUUCAAAAUUGUAGUUAUUUUUGGUUGAGUUCUUAUAUAUAUUUUGUUAUGUACUAUAAAAGCAUAAAUGUACGUGUAAAUAUUGUAUAUAAUUAUCAAGUGGUACAGCGCACUGAAAAGUGAAAAGACAGUCAUUAAUUUUUUUUUUUUCUUUUAAGAUUUUGACUUCUGUUUUAGUCACAUCACACAAGAAACUUUACAUUGGUACAAAAAUUGAUUAAACGUGACUUGCCGUCCUAUUUUCAUUUUGUAGGGAAGUUGCCCUUUGAAAAAAUGCCAAAAGUUUUAUGUUUGAGCUAAAAUCUGUUUCUUUUUAUUUUUAUUUUUUUGAUGAAGUUUACUUUCUGUUAGGUUUCAAUGUAUCAGUGAACGAGAAUUGGUCUUUGGUAACGAACCCUGCCAAUUCCAAAGGAUUUUACUUUAUCACUGUCGUCUUGAUUUGCCAAUACUUAUUUGUGUUGUUGUUUUUUUAAGAAAAUACUUUUACAGUAUUUAAGUUUAUGAGAAAGGUUUACAUUUUAUGCGUCUCGAUGCAAAUUAUUUUAGUAACGCUUCGAUUUCUUCUUUAGAGUACUGUGGUAGAAUUGUAAGACGUAGAUUUAGCGUAUAAUGUACUGUACUUCUAUACCAACGCUGUGUGGUAUAUGCAAUGUUCAAUUAGGCAUCAUCUUUUAUUAGAAUAGACUAGAUUAUGUGUAUUUUUAUCUUCGUCCUUGUCAGAGUAAGAUAGUAUGAUAAAAAAAAAGUGAACUGCAGCAGUUAAAAGUAGUUUUUAAAUCUAUGAAAAGUAGUCAUAGGUUGUUGAAUUUUGUGUAUCUUUUUCCAUGUGUAAGGUAUACUGAGAUUGCUUCUUUGGUUAAGCAGUUUAGAUAUUCAUUACAUUCAGUGCUGGCACGUCACAAAUAGUUAAAAGUCCUCGAUUUUUUAGUAGAAGUGUUUAUUUUUGUGAUAGGACCCACAUGAAAAUAUUUUACUCUUAUAGUUCAUUUCCUGUUGUAAUUUUUUUUACAGUAACAUAAAUUAAUUCAGAUGAUACUAACGUUGAAAAAAGGUUUAUAUUUUUUUUUAUCCCAGACUAUAAAAAUUAGCGUCUAGAAAUUUAAGUGUGCUUUUUCAAUUGAAGUAGUACCAUUAUGUUGAAUGAGCAAAUGGACUAGCUGUGAACUAAAGGACCUGUUUAUCUGUUAGGGCUACAGUAUUUGAAAGACUCCAUGGUCGUUGCUGCUGUAUAUGAUUUCAUUUAUAUGAAUUGAAUGUUCUUGGUAUAUGUGAACAUAAUUAAGGAACCUUAACCCUUUGAGAUUCUAAUCCAACCACUAAUAAGAUUAGGCAAAAUUCCAAAUACGCAUCAUUUUUGCCCUCGUUUCUCAUUUUUAAACAUAAAUACAAUGAAUAACAGGAAUUCAUCCUUCAACUGAUGCCAGAAACCAGCGUUAUACCGUGGAAAAUAAAUUAACAGCAUUAUUGGUUCCAGUGUGCUGUGCUGUACUGAGCUGCAAGAUGAAUUGGUAACCACCCUCCCCUCCCUCCCUCCACCCUCUCCCCCAAUCUCAAAGGGUUAAAAUAAUCUAAAGAGUUGGUCAUUGUAUCUGUUUUCACUGUGCCAUACUGUAAUGCCACAGGAUCUGAGAUGAAUAUCUAAAAAAUAGUUUGUUCCUGUCAGAAAAGACUUUAAAAACCCAAUUCCAUUUAUUCGUCAGAAAUAUUUUCUUUUUCCCGGCAGUAGACUGAUUCCGUAUCAUUUAUGAUAGGAUUUAAAUGAACUGCUAGGUUAACAUUCAUAAUGCCCAGUGGGGAUUUCUUAAUGAAUACUAUAUAUGAAAUGUCAGAUUUAACAGUUGGGUAAACUGAAAUGAUGAAGUCUGAAAAUUUCAUGGAAAUUUGUUUCCAAAUCGCUAAAUUUACUUUAAAAUUAAACAGUUUUUUAAUUUAUGCUGUACUGUUAAAGUUUAGUUUUACAUUCUUUGCAUUCAGUGCAUCUUUGGAUUGAGUGUUGCAGCUUACCAUGAGAUUAUCUGUGGGCCAAAUGUGUCAUCGUUUUAAAGACAGGCUAACAUGACCUCAGUGUGAUGCUCUUCUUGAAAUGAAUGUCAUAGUCCAACAGUGAGUUUAACAUCUAAAAUAUUUGUUGCUGUGAUGCUUUUUAUUUCAGAAACCCUGUCAUUUAUUGAGAAUAUUUGUAUUCUCUCUGGCCAUUGUCAUCAUGUUUUAAUUAUCUUGGCGUUGUAAAAUUUGAGGAAUAGAAAGCUUGUGUUGAACAAGAAUUUAUAGGAAAGUAGAAUAUUGAUGGGCUUAAGAUACAUCUAGAAUAACCGAAAAUCAUAAUUAUAUGUGUACAUGUGAUGACGUAUUUGAGUCGUUGCAACUGAAGACCAUAUUGCCAUAAAUUCUGGGAAAAAGGAAGCAUCAGCAUUUGAAGAAGUUCAGUCAGGGGAAUUUGACUAUGAAUUUAGGCAUUGAAGUUUUACCCUCCCAAAUUGUACGUCGAUUGGAAAUACAGAGUAUUUGAAGUAUAGCUUAAAUUAAAUUUUUUAAUGAGGCACUUUGCUGUCUAAACUUGGCAAGGUGUACACAGAAAAUGAGUAAUAUUCAUGUGUGAAUACGUAUUGAUUUUAUCUCGUGUAAAAUACAUUUGUAAAAAGUUACUGGAGAAGGUGUGGGGUCCUUUUCAUGUUUUCAGUUUGGCUGAGAAUUAUCUUUCAUUUAUGCCCAUAUAUGUAGCUCCUCUUGUUUCGGCUGUUUCGGCAGUUCCAAAUCAUCCAGUAGGUGAAAUCAUUCAUAAAGAGUUAAGAAACUGAAGAGGUCAAGCAUUGUCUCACUGAAAGUAGAUCAGUUACCCAAGUAAUGAGGAGUGUCUAGUUAUGCAGGUCGUAUGAGGUAUAAUUUUCAAUACACAUUUAAUUUAGGGUAAUCUUAAUUUGAUUCUUGACCCAUUAAUUCAUCAUCUUGGAUUUGAGAGGUUGAAAAGGUGAUUGUUAUCAUUUCCAUCUUGGUAUUUUGUUGUUAACAGAUUAUAUGUUUGUUUGGUUUGUAGAACUUGGUCGUUUUUUAAGUACUUUACUUGUUAUUAUGUGGAAAAAUGCAUUUGGUUUAUGUUUCUUGGUCAUUUCCUCUGCCUUUAAUGUAUGGUUCAGAGGUCCUGUCACAAACUACUAGACUGCUAUUAUUGAUAUUUGGCUUACAGUCAAUCCUUGAAACAGUAGAUGGAGUCCUCUGUUGCCGGUGUCAAAUGGUUCAGAUUUCCUUUCUUAAAAAGGCAAGAUGACAUGUUAUGUCAUUAUUUUCUUAUUUGCAGACACUGUAAGUGGACGGCACAGAUAUUGCAUUUCUCUGGACUGCGAAGGCUUUCCCUUCUUACUCCUGUAGUUCAUACUAAUGGGGACCUGGCUUACCUUUUGCAGAUGAGCAACUAAGUUUUUCCUGUGGUAGAUGCUGUACAGUAUUACUAUUUUAAUGUAAGGUGCUUUUAAUUGCUAACAUGGCAAGACAGGAGGCUUGAUUUUAGUGGUAGUACAAUUUCUUGACCCAGUUUACCAAGGCACUGGUUAUUUCUGUUUUCAGUGCCUUCUCAAACCAGCAAUCCCAGAAGUGUUGUUAGUCAUUUAAUCAGCCAUGGUUCUUUCCUGUGCUCUGUUUUGUCAUUUACUAUGAUUCUGAAAACACCUUUACAUAGUAGGUUUUAGAGAAUUCUGUGAAUUGCAUAGUUUUAUUCACAGGUUUUUUUUUUUACCAUAGGAAAUUCCAAAAGUACUAGAAGCAGCAAUUGUCUCAGUUUGUCUCCUAAUCUGAUCAUUGCCAAGUAAGUUUGCAAGAGUAGGAGUUGAAAUAUUAAAUUUGAAUAUCUUUCUCCAGUGAUUGUUGGUUGAAAUAAGAAAGCAGAUAACAUGGGAACUAUUUUGGUUGGAAGCAAGGCUGGUAUGGUGUAUUUGCCUUCCUUUUCUGUUUAUGCAGAUGGAACUUUCUCCACUUCCUUCCUUCUGCUUGCACCUUUUCCAUACUGUUCAGUUUUCAGUUGUGAUAAUUGCUCUGCUUUGGGUCACUAAUUUCUCUCAUGUAUACAAUGCCAGAAAUAUGACGCCGUUUUCAAAGAAUUUUAAAUAGUUUGUUUAUCCUAGGUUGGUGCAUUAAAAUGUAUGUUCUUGUAGCCUCGGCUUGUUUGUAAUUGAGCUAAUGAAAAUUUAUUUUAUUUUAGAAACAGAGAGACAGAAUCAUUACAUAACUUUAGGUACUUUAAUUUUGGAAGAUGAGCAGCUUGUUUCUUUGGAAGAUGAACAGCUUGUUUCUCUCUCUCUCUCUCUCUCUCUCUCUCUCUCUCUCUCUCUCUCUCUCUCUCUCUCUCUCUCUCUCUCUCUCUCUGUUUCUAGUUCGUUCUCAUUUCAGUUGGUAACAUAACAGUCAUUGCAGUGAUGUAAUAUUAAUUUUUUUAUUUAUUUAUUGAAUGACAACAUAACCAUAAAAUAACCUACUUCAUUACCACAUUGUGAGAAUCACUAAUUAAGCAACUGAAAUAAGUUUCAUCAAUAUUGUAGGUUUUUCAGGUAGCCCUUAAAAUAUUUCACAUUACUUCCAUUGAUGGAGGUAUGGUGUCUGAUGAAUUCUUUUGUUUAUUAUAUAAUAUUUCAGGUCAUGAGUCGUGUCAUUGAGAAUAAUGCAAAGAUUAUUCAUAAUUGUUACUUGGUGCUAUGAUCCCUUGGACCAUCUUUUAUUCACGUCAAGAAUGAAAAUUUUUUUACAGUUUGCCUUGCAGUAAGUGUUAUGCAGUUAGUAUUUCUGUUUUGUUUAGAAAAAUGGCAGCUUGUUGGUUUAAAAGCGUUAUUCAUAUAUUUACCAUUUGCAUUCAUUUACUCACACCUUUGCAAAAUAUACUUGAUCGAUUUCCCUUUUUUGAAAUGUACAUAGCAGGGUUGAAACAGAAAUACUCGUGUUCUUAAACAUUUUUGUAGAUAUUGUACAUGAAGAUUUAUGCUGCUUUAGCUUUAAGUAUUAAAGAAACGUUAAUGAAACAUUAUGAGAAAAACGUUUCCCCUUCUGAGACUUGUUUUGAACAGUCCUUUGGUCACAGAAAUAAAUGGUUCUACUUCAUUUGUAAGGACAAAGUGUCUUUCCUACAUUUGUUCCUCUAGAAAAAAAGGUCUCUUGUCCAGGAUUGUGUGGGUGGUUACGUUUCAGUCUAUGGUAAUGAUAAGGAAAAGUAUUUGAAUCAUUGGUUGAAAUGUUCAGAUUAGAUUGUGUUGGUAUUUUUUUAUUUAUAGUGAAAAAGUUUCGUAUUUAAUAUUAGCACAGUACUGUACUGGUUUCUGUAUUCUGUAAGUCACUUUUUCAUCCUUUUUGGAUGAGCUGAAAUUCCCAAAUUUUUUUGUAUAAUUCAUUCAAAGGUUCACAAAUUGCACAAGGAAUUAUUAUAAGUAUUAUAUUUUCCCAUAUUACCUUUGAUUGAAUAUCCUAGAAGUAUUAAGUUUAUCAGAUAUUCGUGUGCAAAUUUUUUACAUGCCAUUAGUAUUAUUAAAAAUAUUAGUAAUAUUGUUGUCAUAUGGUAAUUAUUAUUGAAGCAGUUCCAUUACCCUUAAUGAGUGGCAGAACAUGAGACUGGAGAACAAAUACAUGUCUUUCUUCCAAA